CCGCGGGCGGCCGAGGGCGGCAUGCGGGACUACGAGGAGGUGACCGCGUUCCUGGGCGAGUGGGGGCCCUUCCAGCGCCUCAUCUUCUUCCUGCUCAGCGCCAGCAUCAUCCCAAACGGCUUCAAUGGCCUCUCGUCCGUGUUCCUCAUGGCGACCCCCGAGCACCGCUGCCGGGUGCCCGACUCGGCGAACCUGAGCAGCGCGUGGCGCAACCACAGUGUCCCGCUGCGGGUUCAGGACGGCCGCGAGGUGCCCCACAGCUGCCGGCGCUACCGGCUCGCCGCCAUCUCCAACUUCUCGGCGCUGGGGCUGGAGCCCGGGCGCGACGUGGACCUGGAGCAGCUGGAGCAGGAGAGCUGCUUGGAUGGCUGGGAGUACAACCAAGACGUGUACCUGUCCACCAUCGUGACCGAGUGGGACCUGGUGUGUGACGACGACUGGAAGGCCCCGCUCACCAUCUCCUUGUUUUUCGUGGGUGUGCUGGUGGGCUCCUUCAUCUCGGGGCAGCUCUCGGACAGGUUUGGUCGGAAGAACGUGCUGUUUGUCACCAUGGGCAUGCAGACGGGCUUCAGCUUUGUGCAGGUCUUCUCAAAGAACUUCGAGAUGUUUGCCGUGCUGUUUGUCCUCGUAGGCAUGGGCCAGAUCUCCAACUACGUGGCAGCGUUUGUCCUGGGAACCGAAAUUCUCAGCAAGUCGAUCCGGAUUGUGUUCUCCACGCUGGGCGUGUGCAUAUUCUACGCCGUGGGCUACAUGGUGCUGCCGCUCUUCGCCUACUUCAUCAGAGACUGGCGGAUGCUGCUGCUGGCGCUGACGGUGCCCGGGGUGCUGUGUGCGGCCCUGUGGUGGUUCAUCCCAGAGUCGCCCCGAUGGCUCAUCUCCCAGGGACGCUUUGAAGAGGCGGAGGUCAUCAUCCGCAGGGCCGCCAAGAUCAACGGCAUUGCCGCACCUGCCACCAUCUUUGACCCAAGCGAGUUACAAGACCUAAACUCCAAGAAGCAGCAGUCUCACCGCAUCCUGGAUCUGGUCCGAACCCGGAAUAUCCGAAUAGUCACCAUCAUGUCCGUGAUCCUGUGGAUGACCAUCUCCGUGGGCUAUUUCGGGCUUUCCUUGGAUACUCCUAACUUGCAUGGGGACAUCUACGUGAACUGCUUCCUUUCGGCGGUGGUGGAGGUCCCAGCGUACACGUUGGCCUGGCUGUUGCUGCGGUAUCUGCCCCGGCGCUAUUCCAUGGCCACUGCCCUCUUCCUGGGCGGUGGUGUGCUUCUCUUCGUGCAGCUGGUGCCCCCAGACUUGUAUUAUUUGGCUACCACCCUGGUGAUGAUAGGCAAGUUUGGAGUCACUGCUGCCUUUGCCAUGGUCUACGUGUACACAGCUGAACUGUACCCCACAGUGGUCAGAAACAUGGGCGUGGGAGUCAGCUCCAUGGCAUCCCGCCUCGGCAGCAUCCUGUCACCCUACUUCGUGUACCUUGGUGCCUAUGACCGCUUCCUGCCCUACAUUCUCAUGGGAAGUCUGACGAUCCUGACCGCCAUCCUCACCCUCUUCCUCCCAGAGAGCUUCGGUGCUCCCCUGCCAGACACCAUUGACCAGAUGCUAAGAGUCAAAGGUAUAAAAUACAGGCAAACCCCAAGCCACACGAGGAUAUUGAAAGACGGCGAAGAAAGCCCCUCAGUCCUUAAAAGCACAGGUUUUUAGCAGCCUGCUGCGUCCUGUCAGAAGUGGCUAUGCAGACUCUGGGUCCUUCAGGGACACAGGUCUUUGCCAUUGAUUCUCUUGGCCUAUGUCUGACUGGCUCGUGGACAGACACCCAGGCCCAGGGUGCGUACGGGCCUGGAUGGCCACCGUGGCCACCUGCAGACAUCCCAGCUAUCCACAAUGCACUGGGCUCUUCCCAAGAAGGUUACGAUGUGCUGGAACCAGUGGAAUCUGCAAGAAUGUGAACAUUUCGCAUUUACGCCUGCGUGAAGAGUCCCCCCAGGGGAAGUGGAGAUCUGUGGUCUCCCCACUUCCCUCUGAUGAUGAACUUUAGAGGAAAAGAAAGAAUUUCACAGGGAGUUUGAUUUCGCACCUUGCCUCAGUUACAAAGGACAUUAAUGGGGCUUGGUGCUUCCCCAGGGCAGAAGAGCACAGGCCCCAGGAAACACACAGGUAGCGAAGGUGCAAGGCACUGAACAGAGGUGGGACCCAGCCUGGUGCGAGGAUUCAGGAGCUCCUGGACCGCAGUGGUAGGAAUGCGACUGCUGGGCAGACUUGUUUACAUCUCUUCAAAGCUCUGGGCUUGCCCAGGCCCAUCCGGAACGCAUUGUCGGAUCUGUGUAAAUCAGACCUCUUGCAACCUGCACUGUGAAGGCAGUAUGUCGGUGGAAAAGGCAAGCAGCCUUGUCUCCUCCCUCAACAGUCAUGUGGGUUUUGUUGCUUGUUUGUUCAUUUGCUGUGUCUCCUUCUGCUUAAGUUAUUUGCCCUUCAGCAUAGACUUGGGGAAGGCUGGUUCCUUAGCCUCCUGGUUUGUGCCUCUUUUAACCCAGAAUCAGGCUGACACUGGCCUGCCGUUGCCACUGUGCAAGGCCUUACCUGCCUGCCUUGGCCACGAGCACUUCUCUGAGUGCCCAAAAUGAUGUCAUCUCGUGUGUUCCUUUUGUGACGCCGUAAUCAUGGGGAAAAUACAGAAAAGAAACCAAAAUCGUGUUCACAGUCCUGUGGAGUUGCUUGCUCGGUUUUAUGCAGCAUAAUUGGAAGCCACUUUAUGCUCAGUGUGAUCGUCCACUGAUUCUGUCACAAUGGUACUUAUAAAGCACAGGCGUCGCCUGGUUCAAAUAACCUAUCUUUGUGAAAGCUACUGAAGUGCCUUGGGAAAUGUGGAAGUUUUAAUAA